GAGCUUCCAGGACGGGUGGUUCUUCGCGAUGAGCGUCCUCGGGCAGGCGCCGUCCCUGGCGCCGGCAGGCCUCGCGGUGAGUUCCGACGUGGGAAAGCUCGGGGUGUUCAUGAUCGCGUGCUACUCGCUGUGCGUGACCAUCGGCUGGGGCGCGGGCCUAGUUGUAGCCCUCGACAACAUCGGAGACGGCAUCGCGGGUACAAUAGAAAAGCUGAAGGCAGCCGUUGGGAUCGACGACGGAGUGAGAGCGGCUGGGACCGACGCAGCUUCGGGAGACACAUCUGAAAUCAUUAGUAUUUGA